AAUAAAGGUUUUCAAGUUUUGGAUUUCUUGACCCAACUCGUCCAACCCAAAAUCACUCUAAAAUUUACCCAACCCAAAAUCUACCCAAACCUAAAUAGUAAAACUCAAACCGCCAAAAAUCACUUAUCUGCCACCUCCAAUUUUAACAAAAUUACGUGAUUUUAUUUGCUGGUAUUCUUACACUUAGCAGCAACCAUGGCGCUGAGAUCGGCAAGCAGGAAGUUUGGCGGUCGCAAAUGCUUUUAUAUGCUUUCUUCAGCUGCUGAAUUACAUUCGCACGCUACAAGUUUUGGGUUUAAAGAGGUAAGGGAAGAAGAAAAAAGUCGAAUGGUUAGUAAUGUGUUCAGCAAUGUUGCCUCGAAUUAUGAUCGUAUGAAUGAUCUAAUGAGCGGUGGAUUGCAUAGAUUGUGGAAGGACAGAUUGGUCUCGAAACUAAAUCCAUUUCCUGGGAUGAAGCAUAUCGACGUGGCUGGUGGGACAGGGGAUAUAGCUUUUAGGAUAUUAGAAACUGUAAACAGCAUCAGAUAUAAAGCAGUUCAAGAUCCUCAGAAUGAUCAUUUACAAGAAGAAACUCAGAUCUAUGUAUGUGACAUCAACCCAAACAUGCUGAAUGUUGGCAGAAAGCGUUCGAUAGAGAGAGGUUUUAGAGAAGAUAAAUCUCUUGUAUGGGUCGAAGGAGAUGCUGAGGCCUUGAAUUUUCCAGAUAAUUCAAUGGAUGGUUACACAAUUGCAUUUGGAAUUAGGAAUGUUACACAUAUAGAGAAAGUUCUUGCUGAAGCUCAUAGGGUAUUGAAAAGAGGGGGGAGAUUUCUUUGCCUUGAAUUGAGCCAUGUGGAAGUCCCGGUAUUUAAAGAAUUGUAUGAAUAUUAUUCAUUCUCAGUAAUUCCAGCCCUAGGAGAGCUGGUUGCGGGUGACCGAGGAUCGUAUCAAUACUUAGUUGAGAGUAUACGUCGAUUUCCACCUCAGGACAAAUUUGCUUCAAUGAUAGCAGAUGCAGGGUUUCAGAAAGUUGAGUAUGAAAACAUGGUCGGGGGAGUGGUAGCCAUUCAUUCUGGACUGAAGUUUUGAAGCAAGUUAAGGGUUCUCUUAGCUCUGAUUUUCCCGGUGUUCCCACCUUUGCUAGCUUUGUAAUUGAGAGGUGUCGCAGAAAUAACUCGGGUUGGUACCAUCGAUGAAGAGUAGUCAUAAAUUAGCGAACGAUCUUGAAGAGCGGUUGGAGAAGAGGCAGAAAAAAAAAAUGCAGAAACUCUACCAGACUUGCUUAAAGGUUUAAAUAUAUGCUACUUGUGGUAUCAAAUGAGCAGUUUGUUUAUUAAAUUAGCUUGGCAAGUAGUUCAUUGUGACUAAUUCAAUUUGUAUUUUGAACAAGUUAAUUUGAUUGAUGAAUGAAACUCUAAUAAUAAUGAUCUUGAUAUAUUAUUUAA